AUGCUGUUCGAUAUUUUGGAUAUGACGGCAUCAUACAUUCAGAAUCUUCUUCUGCUUUUCGCGAUGGUACCAGAUGCCCUAAGCGAAUUGCGCUUCGAAAUCAAAACCCUAGUGGAACAGUUUGAGUUGUCAUUCUUCCAUCGGCUCGAUGAAAAUCAACGCUAUGAUAAACGGUUUCUCGGAAUCGAUCUACCCCUUUGGCUGCCACUUAACACCAAUUUAGAAUUCGCCACCCUCUGCAUCGUGGUGCCUCUCGGUUUGUCAUUGGUGAGCGUUUUAGCGCUUGAAAGCAAGCUCAUCUUCGUCUGGUUCGUCGCGAUGUUGGUGUCGCUCUUCACGUUUACUUUUGGUAUGCUUUUGUGGACGCAAAUAGGCGAGAUCAACGUGUGGGAUGGGCAACAUAUCACGAAAAUUAAGACCAAUAUGAACGGUUCCUUCGCCGCGGUGGGCGCGAAUACCAUCGAUCCGGCGAUUUCCGUGCGCAUCUGGAUGACGUGUACGGGCGCCGUCGGCUGCUUGGCGUUGAUUGUCAUCUGGAUUUGGCCGCUCCGCCGCGCGCUGCAGAAGAAAAAUGCGAAGAUUCGCGAUCAACUUCGCCAAUUCGAGCGCGAAGAAGAAGAAAAGAAGUCGAAACGAUCCCGGUGCACUUUAUCGUCGACCAGGGGCUGUGGCCAAGUGUCGUUGGACGACAAAGACUCCUCGGGAGUGGAGGCGGAGGCGUGGAUGACGGCGAAGGCGCUCGCGGAGCAUCGACUGCGGGAGUGGGGGAGGCAGCAAACCAUCCAGAACAGCAACCAUGCGGAUAUGGUGCUUCAAAUGGCAUUUGCCUGCGCGCUCUUCGUCUUCGGGUUGAUCUGCGUGAAUGCGAUUCCGCUCGCUCGGGAAGGGGAGCUUCACGAGAUCCAAACGAGCGUCGUCGCGCGAACAGUAGGGGCGAUCUCGCUGACGCUGUCGGUGCUGGCGGCGUUGUGGGGCCUUCUCGGCCUCUCACGCAGCGGCCGCGCCCUGCAGCUCGUCCUCGCGGAGUGCGCGUCGAUCAUCUUACUGAAACUCACCAUGCUCGCAGCCUCUUUUAUGUACAUCAUCAUCACCACCAAUAUGGUGUCGAUGCUGAGCUGCUACGAGGUGGUUUGCAAGUCCGGGACACGUCUUCCGAACGCGCGCACGCAUUUCCCCUACUUGUAUAAACGCACCUACCCCGAACCCGCACGCCGGAAUAUCAAUGAUACCAUCAACAAUAUGAUGGAAUCUAUUUCAUUGUCGGGUUGUGUUAUGUGUAAUGCGUUUGAUUUCGAGCAGCGCAGUCCGGAAGAUUUGAUUCAGACGGUUUGCAAUAGAACAACGCGAGAAUUCCGGAUCCUCUCUGACACCCGUGCGCCGUGUAACUCGAAGCGGACGCUUUCCCUUGUGAGUGAGCUGUCUAUUUCCAUCUUGUAUAUUUUAUUCCUGCCUUUUUUUCAGUAUUCUAUAUCGCGUUACGCGAUACGCCGCGUCAAGGAAGACUUCCCAAUCGAGCAACGCUUUGUAGACAUCCUGUCGACGAAGGAACUCAUUAUGGAGAAGCUGAAUACCUGCGACAAUGAGGCUUCAUUUUUGUACCGCGCGUAUAAGCCAGAGUUUGGGUAUUUCAAAAUAUCCUUCCUCAUACAAAGGGUUAUCCUCGCCGUGAUAAGUUUCGUUGUCUCCUAUGAUAUCAAUCAAUUUCACAGAUGGAUUGGUAUCUUCUUGUUUAUGACGAUCUGCUUGAUCAUGGCGGGCAUCCUGAUCGUCCUCCGCCCUUUUUCCUUCCCCACCGAGACGAUAUACUUUCCCACCACACAGAUCAUGAUAGCCAUCGCGAGCUUGCUGCUGCUUAUGAACCCCCAUGGCGGGAUAGCGAGGCCGUAUUCCAACCUCCUCGUAAUCUUGCUCGUUUUGGUGCCGCUGACGGUGCUAGCCAUCGCCUUCAUCAUCGGACUCCGGGAUGAACGCUCGCGGUAUGAACGGCUGCUCGAGCGCCUCAAAACGCGCUUUAUUGUCGGCCAACGCUACCUCCAGAGCGCGAUGGUCGGGGCAACGCGGCCGGGAAGCUCCGAAACUCCGCAAAGGGUGACGAAUGAGCGAUCAACGGAGAGCGCGAAUAGCAUCCAUCCCACAGUGUAUGAACUUCCAAGUGGUUUGACGAUGGAGUCCGUCGUGACCGGAUUUAAUUCCGAAAUGAGUUAUCCAUCUUUCCGCGCCUUUACCGACACCACGACCUUUAGAAACGACCAAGAGAAUGAGAAACCGUCGCGGCUACACUUUCGAUUGCUGACGCCGGAGAAUUCGAGCCGGGAAAUGGGCCAAAGCGGCGAGAUCGCCCCUUUUAGCGGCUCCGCGAGCCUGAUUUCGUUAUCGAAGGUGAUAUUACCGGAGCUGGUAACGCCUUGCCCGGAGUACGACCUCAGCCUUCGCCUUUUUAUGCCGAGUCUGUAUUUUAUCCAGCCGCUACGACGGGUGUAUGGGCAGGAGCAGCGUGGGUUGGAGUUGUCGCCCCACACCUCGAUGGAGUUGCCUAGGUGCACCAGCGUGCUUGGGCUGACCACGGAUCUGAGCGCGACGGAUUCCUUCGAGAUGACGUCUAUGAUGACGAUGGAAUUCAACUCCACGCAGUACGUCGAGGAGGAAGAAGUGGGAAAAGGGAGAGGGGCAUCGGGCUCGCCGGCGCCCCCCUCCAACGGCGGGAGCCUCGGUCGCAGGAUCGUCAACAGGAUGCGGCGUUUGAAGAACUCCGUGUUGGGGUUUAUUCCAUUUUUACGUGGGCGUGGCGUCGAGCUGGGUGCGACAAACCAAAGGCCCGCGGAUAGCUCCCUGCAGAAUUUACACCGCACGACCCUCCAGGACGCACGCACGAUGUUCAUCAACAUUGGUCGCUCUAUAACAUGCCGACCUAGUGGAGUACUGCAGAAGGUGUACUUUACCUACUUGAAGUAUCAACACAUCCUGCACGAGAAGAGGUUCUUACUGAAAAAUCCUAGAGGCGAGCAUGCCUAUAGGCGCUAUCGUCAACUGCACAUGCAGCUGCUGCACUCGCUGGACAAAACGGUUCUCACUCACAUGGAAAUCAUGGAGGUACGCCGUUUGAGCGAUUUGAAUACGGUGGACGCAUUGCGUAAAGGGACCGCGAUGGAUGACCCCCUACUCUUGAGUAUUUUUGGACCUCUUCAGGCGAGAAAAAGAUCAUCUCAGUUAAAAAAGCAAUGUCCUACGAUACCAGGGUCGCGGGAUGUUGAUUUGGCAGAUGCCAUGAGUGGUACGGUGUGCUUUCCAGGAAACAUUUCUGUGUAUAAUGUGUACGUCCUGUCAAAAAUGUGUAGUAUCUUCAAUGAAAGAAAUGUUUCGAGAAAUGUUUCGAAUCCUAUUCUAGAAGGUUCGCCAUCGAAUAACACCAACCAAUGGAAGGUUUUUAGUUCACCGGAAGAUGCCCAAAGCUCGUCCAAGCAGCUUAGCCCCGUACCGGCCACAGUCAACGUUUCGGUUCCCAAUCAUAAAGAUUUGAUAGCGCAUAGAAUGUUUGCCAUGAUCAAUAGGGUUCUCCAAAGGCAGGAGCAAGGAAAGAUUCACAUGUUAUGGAAGGAAUCUCGCAAUCUCUCCGGUGAAUCGCAAGACCACUCGGGAGGGGCCUGUUGUAUCAACGAAUCUGCCCGGCGUGAAUCAGGUGAGCAGAGAGGGCUCUUUCAGAAUAAAUCACCUGGUAUGAUCGCCCCUGCCCGAAAAAAUGUAUCGGGAAGGUCGCCAAAACCUCCGACUUUGCUCCCCAUGCCGGUCACCCGGCGUCCGAACCGAAGGGGCAGCAUCUUGACCUCUGCAAGCGUAUCCGAGAUGUCGGAGGAAACUUACAGUCUUCAGCCGAAAUGGCUCGCGCAAGCGACGAAACGCCUGCACACGAUGCGAUCCCACGCAAAGCAGCAUCUCGAGCGAGAGUCUCCGUCGAUGCCGAUACAUGAGGCAUCCGACUCCGAUGAUGAAUUAUCCGAGGAGGAACCUUCCGACUGGCGAAGUGACGCGUCGUCGUCGUCGUCGUCGUCGUCGUACAACGAAGCAGCCGAUCUCUUCCAGAACCUCCUGCAGACCCAUGAGGCGGAACUCCUUGCGGAACUCAAGCAGGGGCCGCACAGCGCGAUCCACGAAAGCGACGUCGCGAAGGCGAUGCGAGCGAAGCACGGUCUCCUCCCGCAGCUCCAGACGCAGGAUUCCGAGACCGGGGAGCGGUCGAGAUCGAUCUGUCCGGAAUUCAGCGACACCGUCAGCCCCUCUCGGAGGACGCGCGCGACGCCGCCGAAGCUCAAACGCGUCGUGGGGCGCACGCCCGGGGGGGGCAGCGACCGAACCCGCGCGAUGCGUCUUCGCUGCCAUUACAUCAAGCGCCAAGCCAGCCGCGCGGCGUACUUUAAAGGUGCGGAGCAGCUGCUCUUGGUGCAGCGCACGAUCGACAAGAAAAUCGACGCCGCGGUGGGGGGUAUGUUCAGCCGUCUCUUUAUGAUCCUAGGCAUCGUUGCGACCAUCGCGAUCGCGCUGACGAUCGGCGGGAUGCUCUACGAGAUCGACCGCAGCUACCUCGAUGGCACGCAGGAAUCGGGGAACGGCCUCUCCUACGCCCUCGCCGGGUACGCCUCCUGGGAGGAUUUCACGCGGCAUUGCGUCUGCAUCGCGUCGAACCGCUCCAUCGCCGUCUUUCCGUUUUACAUCACCGACGUCGAGGAGUGGAUCUGCGCGAAUGGGAUGACGAAGGAACGGGUCCGGCGUAGCAUCUCGGCCGAUAACGGCGAGGUCUUUCAUGACGGCUAUGCCAUCCGGCCGCUGUGUGGGAUGAACUUUCUCGCGGGCUGCCAACUCGACGUCGUGACGCCCGCGGACACCUCGGAGGAGGCCUUUGUGGCACUCGUGGGGUGCCCAAAGGAGUUCUCAGCGGAGCAGCGAAAACGGUGGUAG